UCGCCCACGCAGCCGCUCUCCUCUCCGUCUCUCUCUCUCUCCCACACCCCUCUCUCUUCCCCUCCCCGAUCUCCCCCAAUCCGACCAGACCAGCAGGCACCUUCGACUCGAGCGGAGCAGGCGAGGCGGAGGCGGAGAUGGCGCUGCGACGGGCGCUCCUCAGAUCGGCCGAGAUCUCCCCCGACCGCAAGGCAGCAGUUGAGUACUUUCAUUCACUAUCAAGGGCACAGCCUGCUCGUUCUUUCAAUGGUGCUGGCCUCUGCCCUGCUAGCAGAUCAUUUAGUACCCAGGCUGCUACAACAUCAAGCACACCACAGCCUCCACCACCACCUCCCCCUCCAGAGAAGACUCACUUCGGUGGCCUCAAAGAUGAGGACCGCAUUUUUACGAACCUCUAUGGUCUGCAUGACCCUUUUCUGAAAGGUGCAAUGAAGAGGGGUGACUGGCAUAGGACCAAGGAUUUGGUGCUUAAGGGGGCAGACUGGAUAGUUAAUGAAAUGAAGAAAUCAGGUCUCCGGGGACGUGGAGGUGCAGGUUUCCCCUCCGGUCUCAAGUGGUCCUUUAUGCCCAAGGUUUCAGAUGGACGUCCUUCUUAUCUUGUUGUUAAUGCUGAUGAGAGUGAACCUGGAACUUGCAAAGAUAGAGAAAUCAUGCGUCAUGACCCCCACAAGCUUCUGGAAGGAUGCCUUAUUGCUGGAGUUGGAAUGAGGGCAUCAGCUGCUUACAUCUACAUUAGAGGUGAAUACGUGAAUGAGCGUCUCAACCUUGAGAAAGCCCGGCAGGAAGCAUAUGCAGCUGGACUUCUUGGUAAGAAUGCUUGCGGAUCUGGUUAUGAUUUUGAUGUGCAUAUUCAUUUUGGUGCUGGUGCGUACAUCUGUGGUGAAGAGACUGCCCUACUGGAGAGCCUUGAAGGGAAGCAGGGCAAACCUAGGUUGAAGCCGCCUUUCCCAGCCAAUGCUGGGCUUUAUGGCUGCCCCACUACUGUGACAAAUGUUGAAACUGUGGCUGUAUCCCCAACAAUUCUUAGGCGUGGUCCAGAAUGGUUUGCAAGCUUUGGGCGCAAGAACAACUCUGGAACCAAACUCUUCUGUAUCUCAGGGCAUGUGAACAAACCUUGCACCGUGGAGGAGGAAAUGAGCAUACCUCUGAAGGAGUUGCUCGAGAGGCACUGUGGGGGUGUGAGGGGAGGAUGGGACAACCUGCUUGCAGUUAUUCCUGGUGGUUCAUCUGUUCCCCUUUUACCAAAACACAUAUGUGAUGAUGUGUUGAUGGACUAUGAUGCACUGAAGGCUGUGCAGUCUGGAUUGGGUACUGCAGCGGUCAUCGUGAUGGACAAAUCUACGGAUGUUGUUGAUGCAAUUGCUAGGCUGUCAUACUUCUACAAGCAUGAGAGUUGUGGGCAGUGCACGCCAUGCCGGGAGGGCACACCCUGGCUGUGGAUGAUCAUGGAGAGGCUCAAGGUUGGUAACGCGAAGCUGGAGGAAAUCGAUAUGCUUCAGGAGGUCACAAAGCAAAUCGAAGGGCAUACUAUCUGUGCCCUUGGGGAUGCUGCAGCAUGGCCUGUGCAGGGGCUUAUCAGGCACUUCAGGCCGGAGCUGGAAAGGAGGAUCCAUGAGCGAGCUGAAAGGGAGCUGGUGGCGGCUUCUGCAUGAUAUGCCACCAUGUCGCCCCUGUACUAGUUUCCUGAUUUCUUUACUUAAAUAAUGCAAACUGGAGGAGCUCAUUUCUAUGUAAGGAAAUGCAGCUUUCUUGAUUUCUUUAAACCUUCACAUGGAUGUUUAUUUGAUGCACUCAAGCAGCUGGUGAAUUUUGAUGGACUAGAUAAUCUUUUCAAAGUACAAACGAACUUGAUCAUUGUACCAUGUAUGCUACAUGAUCCAUCAUAAUGUUAGUGUGGAUGUGUAUGUCUA